AUGGGGCUUCCGAAAGGAAUAUUAAUCACCUUCCUAGUUGUCCCUUUUGCCAUAAUGCUGCAUCAAGCUGCCAUAGGCACUGCAGAAUCAGCACCUAACCCGAAACAUUUCCCUUUUCUUGUAUUUGAUGAAAAAACUGACCAAGCUACCUUCCACAUUAAAGGCGAUUCUUCCAUUGAUCAUGGGGCACUUCAGUUAACCCCAGACACUCUGAACCAAGACUUUCUUUUACAAAACAAGUCCGGACGGAUCAUGUACCGCAGACCUUACAGACUAUGGUUGCCUGACAUCGAUGUUGUUGCCUCCUUCAACUCAACUUUCCUCGUGAACAUUUACCACAACGAGUCGAAUGCCGGUGAAGGCUUUGCCUUUCUAAUAGCUUCAGAUAUAAAUAUACCUGAACAAAGCUAUGGACAGUGGCUAGGCCUCACCAAUGCCAGCACUGAUGGGAAUGCCACAAACCGCAUUGUUGCUAUAGAAUUCGACACAGAAAAGCAGGACUUCGACCCCGAUGGCAACCACAUAGGCCUCAACAUCAAUUCUGUACACUCAAACAAGAUUGUUCCUCUCACCCCUUUAGGCAUUGAGAUAUCGCCGGAGAAAGCCACCAACUACAGCGUGUGGGUGGAAUACGACGGUAGGUCCAAAGUCAUGGAAGUCUACAUGGCUAAACACUCUCGAGCCAACCCACCAAACAAGCCCAACACACCACUUUUGAGGGAGACAAUAAAUUUGAGGCAUUACCUGAAAGAAGAGUCCUACUUUGGAUUUGCUGCUUCCACAGGCAGCUCAGCAAUUCAGCUAAACUGUGUUUUGGAAUGGGAUUUAAGCGUGAAGGAAGUACUCCCAAGAAAAGAUUGGACUUGGUUGAAGAUUGCUGUUGGGGUUGGUGUUCCAACAAUGGCCUUGUUAGUGAUACUUGGAUUUUGGCUGGGAGUUAGGUAUGUGAAGAAAAGGAAAAGAACCAGGGUUGAAGAGUCCAAUGUGCUAGGGACACUGAAAAGGUUGCCAGGAAUGCCUAGAGAGUUCAAGUACAAGGAGCUUAAGGAGGCAACUAAUAAUUUCCAUGAAGGUAUGAGACUUGGACAAGGUGGUUUUGGCAUUGUUUACAGAGGAACUCUGCAUGAUAAGGAUCAUGCAGAUACUAAAACCUCUACAGAAAUUGCUGUCAAGAAAUUCUCCCGGGACAACAUCAAAGGCAAAGAUGAUUUCUUGGCUGAGCUCACCAUAAUUCACCGGCUUCGACACAAACAUCUUGUACGGUUAGUGGGAUGGUGCUAUGAGAAAGGGAAGCUUCUUUUAGUGUAUGAUUUUAUGCCAAAUGGCAGUGUCGAUAAGCACUUAUAUGAAACUUCCAGCCAGAAUACACUGAAUUGGAAACAUAGAUGCAAGAUCCUUGCUGGUGUGGCGUCAGCAUUGCAUUACCUACAAAACGAGUAUGACCAAAAAGUGGUGCACCGCGACCUAAAAGCCAGCAACAUCUUGCUUGACUCAGACUUCAAUGCUCGCCUGGGAGACUUUGGCCUUGCCCGAGCCUUGGAUCAAGAGAGGAACUCAUAUGCUGAACUAGAACUAGCUGGAGUCCCGGGCACCAUGGGCUAUGUUGCUCCAGAGUGCUUCCACACAGGAAAGGCUACUCCAGAAUCUGAUGUGUUCGGUUUCGGGGCAGUGGUGCUUGAGAUUGUAUGUGGUAGAAGUCCAGGGAUUAAGAUUCUUCAUGAACACCACCAGUAUUCCUUGGUUGAUUGGGUGUGGAUGAUGCAUCGAGAAGGGCGCAUUGAAGAAGCCAUAGAUAAGCGGCUGAACGAUGAUUAUGUGUUUGAUGAAGCAAAUCAGCUUUUACUUCUGGGUUUGGCAUGUUCGCAUCCCAUUGCCAGUGAGAGGCCUCAAACACAGGCCAUAUGCCAGAUUAUAGCUGGAACCACUCCAGCCCCUAGUGUACCUCCAUUCAAGCCUCUUUUUAUGUGGCCUUCCACUGCCUACAGCAGCACUGAGAGUACAGUUUCUAACGUCAUUCUUUCUAGCAUUACAGUGUCUUACUAA